AUGGUGUACAAUUCGUUGACUGACGUCCCUCGGGAUUUUAGAGAGGGUAUUGAUUGGUUGGUAGCCCUUAAGCGAACUGGUUUCGAAAGUAACUUGAAAGCCAUCAGUGACGCAGUUUUCAACUUUCUCGCACACAAGCCGGCUGGUGCUUGCCAGUUGCCAGCUUUCCAACAAGUUAAACUCAAUGUUAAAAAAUUUUUGGGGCAAGAGGGACUUAAAGAUCGGCGUAUAGUAAAACCGAUGCUGGAGAGAUUCAAUAGGCCUAAGAACCAAAAAUCCGAUUUCUUCGCAAGGUUCUUUCAAAGUGUCGGCGAAAACGGUGGUAGACAAAUCGAAAACAACUGGGGUAUCACUGGUGAAAAUAUCUUAACUAAAUUAGCUAAGUCAGUGGAUGGUUGUAAUACGUUCCUGAGAAAUAUCAACGUACCUGCCCAGUACAAGUCAGCUUACAGUUCUAAAGCGACAUGGGAUGCGUCGUGUUCGACGAAACCGGAGGAUUGCGCCGCGAUCUUUGUGGGAAUCACGCCGAUGCUAUAUGCAGGACUAAUGUCUUUGUGGGAUGCGACCGAUGAAUCUGCCUUUAGACUGACACCGGAUAAGGCAAGAAAAGAAUUGGAAGAUAUAUUGAACGCUAUGCGUUACGUAAACCCAGAUUGCCGCUCUAGCUUGAGUCGUUUAGAAGUCGUCAAUGCGUUGAGAGGCAUAGGAAUAGAUGAAUUAGGCACGUUGGGUACCCUAGCCGAAUUCUGGAUUGACCAUUGA